AUGGCGGUCGGGGGUCAGGGGGUUAUGGAUCAGAUGUACAGUAUGAUGGGUGGUGGUCGAGCGUGCAUGGACCUGUCCGAGCCUUUCAAUGAAGACAACUGUGGUAUCCUUGUGCCCGACUUGGUACGUCACGUGUUGCGAGAAGAAGAAGUCUUCGCUAAAGAGCGAGAAGGAGUUCCGGCUAUGCAGCCGUGCAUAGUGUACAAAAAAUUUGCUUCGUUUGUGAUCUACAUGGUGACAGAGGCUAACGAAGAGUCUCCGUUGUUCUGUUUGGAUAUGCUGACAAUCUUCCUUAAGGCUUUCACGGUCGUCGCUCAGGCUCGCGCAGAGGCGAGCGCCACGGCGUCGGGUUUCUUCACACCACUCGAAGCCUUAGCAGCGUCCUUCGUGCCUGAAAAGUUGUUCAGCAACCCGCCACCAGACAGCAACCCGCCACCUUACAGCAACUCGCCAUCAGACAGUAGAUUACGCGGAUCCGCUCUCCUGGACUUGGUCGAGCACCUGCCCGCUCUACAACACGUCUGUGACUACAUGUUCACUGGUGGUUGCGUCGUUACGACUAGCUUAGAGGAAAUCACAGGCGACCUUAAAACCAUCUUCAGCAACACCCAACGACGGAGUCCCGCCACCGCGGCUUUCCAAGCACUCUUCUAA